AUGAGCAGCUCCUGUGUGACUCUGGCUGAGGUCCUGCAGCUGAAGGGAAGCCCUUUGGAGGAGGAAGAUAUAUGGGCUCUCUUACAUCUGGGCACAGAAAAUCUUCUCCAGGACCUGCCCAAAGAUCCACUUAUCCAUGUGAUUUGCCCAUGGUCAAUGGUACUUUUAGCCAGAGGAAGUUUGUCUUUCCAAGACAAUGUGUCUCACCAAGAGGCUGCCCCUUUCAGGGCACCAGAACUGCUCCAUGGACAGAGUAAAAACAAGCAUGUUGGAUUGACAAAGAUGCUGGUGUAUUCUUUGGGAAUGACCCUCUAUUGGUCAGCAGACUAUCAGGUUCCUCCAAACCAGUCCCUUCAGCUGAGUGAUCAGUUACAUGCCCUGCUGCUAAAGCUGUGUGAAGAUCUGCCGCAUAAAAGACUUUCCCCAGAAUCCAUUUUGGAGGCAUGUGAAGUGCACCAGAAGGAAUCUUCUUCUUCUCCUGCAAGUGUUUACAUCCAGAGAAUGGUCAAAUUUGUGCUAGGAAGCAUCACUGAGGUAGAGCAGAUAGCCACUGAAGACAGCCACCUGAGCAGAAGCCAUGUGAUAAGGAAAAGGCUGCACGAGAAAGCAUCUGACAGCUCAGCAUUGCCCUUCCAGCUGAAUUUUCAUCAAGGUAAAGGAUUCUGGUUUACACUGCGCUUCUCAGAGGGUCUUCCAGGCCAGUUUUCAGGGCCAGAAUUUAUCAUUCUGUCCAGUGAACCACCAGUGACCUUACAACUGCCCGGAUCCAUUGUGACUAAAAAAGGGAAAUCCUAUUUGUCUCAAAGGGACCUCAGUGUGAUUCUGCUCAGCGGGCAGUGCCUCGAGGUGAAAUGUGACAUCAAGUCGAAGGCGAGAGAUGUCUUCAAUACGGUCGUGGCCUACGCAAACCUGGUGGAACAUUUCUACUUCAGCUUAGCUUACCUGAAAGGUAAAGAGUUUUUCUUUUUGGACGAUGAGACCAAACUCUACAAAGUGGCCCCAGAGGGCUGGAAUGACCAACCCAAGAAGAAAACCUUCAUCAUUAACUUCACGCUCUUUCUGAGGAUAAAAUUCUUCGUCAACCACUUUAACGUCAUCCAACAUGGGCUGACAAGGCAUCAGUUUUACCUGCAGCUUCGUAAAGAUAUUCUGGAGGAGCGGCUGUACUGCAAUGACGAGACCUCCCUGCAGUUAGGUGCUUUAGCCUUGCAGGCAGAACUUGGAAAUUAUGCUCCUGAGAUGCAUGGGAAGAACUAUUUUCGCGUUGAAGACUAUGUUCCCACGAGCCAGAUAGAGAAAAUGACCCUGGCGUGCAUACAGCAAGAACUUGCCAAGCUGCACCGCAUGAACCACUCCCUCUUUGAAGAUGAAGCCGAGCUGGAAUUUUUAAGGGUGACUCAGCAACUCCCGGAAUAUGGGGUGCUGUUCCAUCGGGUGUCCCAAGAGAAGAAGGCAGCCGGAGGGGACACCGUUCUGGGAAUCUGUGCCAAGGGCAUCAUUGUGUACGAGAUGAAAAACCACACCAGAAUUGCCAGUUUAAGAUUUCAAUGGAGGGAAAUGGAGAGGAUUUCAGCUCACAGAAGAAAGUUCAUGAUCGAAAGCAACUUCAGUGGCAAAAAACACACGUUCGUCACCGACACGGCAAAGACUUGUAAAUAUAUACUGGACCUCUGCUCUGCCCAGCACAAAUUUAAUGCCCAGAUGCAUUCCAGGCAGCUUCAGCAAGCUUCAGCUGAGGACAGCAAGUUUAUGGAAAUAGUCAAAUCAAAUUCUGCUUAUGCAACUCAGCACGAACAUCUUGCCCUGAUUCAUAGACUGUCCUGCUCAGAAAAUGUGCUGUAUGGGUCCAACCUGGAGCACAUGUCUGCUGGGAUGAUGAGCAAGUCUUGCGAUAACCUCAGUGUGGAAACCAACAAUGGGAUCGGGGACAAAAGCAAUCUAGGCAGCUCCCACUCUGGAUUGUCCCAGUCAGAAGUACACAUUAGUUUGAAUGAAAAACGACAGAGUUAUGACUAUCUCUCUAUCCAUUCAACACCGAAUACAGCCAGCACCCCAAGUUCCCCAAUCAACCAAAGAGAGAAUGCGCUGGCUGGAUUAGAAAGAGAAAUCAUUUGUGUCACCUUAAAACGAGAUCCUAAAAAUGGCUUUGGUUUUGUAAUUAUUGGAGGAGAAAAUGUGGGGAAAUUAGACCUCGGAAUAUUUAUCGCAUCAGUUAUCCCCGGGGGACCUGCAGACAGAGCGGGGCAUAUCAAACCAGGGGGACGACUCAUCUCCGUGAAUAAUGUUAGCCUCGAGGGUGUUUCUUUUAAUACUGCGGUUAAAAUUAUACAGAAUUCUCCUGAUGACGUGGAACUGAUCAUCUCUCAACCCAAAGUUGACAGCCUGGAUAUGGAGGAAGCCAACUCCUCUCACUUUCCACCAUCUGCCGAAAGCAAUUCAGAUGAAAUCUAUUCUGUGGAGUUGGUUAAAGAAGACGGGACUUUUGGAAUCAGUGUGACUGGUGGGAUCAACACUAGCGUGCGUGAUGGUGGAAUAUACGUGAAGUCAGUUAUCCCCAGAGGACCAGCUGAUAAGGAUGGACAAAUAAAAAAAGGUGAUCGGCUGCUGGAGGUGGACGGGAUCAGCCUCUGUGGCAUCACGCACAAGCAGGCUGUGGAAUGCCUGAAGAAAUCUGGCCAGGUUGUCAGGCUGCUUCUAGAAAGGGGACGUCACAAAUCUGCAGAGCCGUGUCCAGCUGCUAAAGACAGAAUGGAGGAGAAAUCUGUGAUCGUUUCCUUGGCAACGCCCUUGUCAGCCGGUCCCAACGGCUACUCCUUUGCAACAGAUGGUGAGCGGUUUGAAGUCAAGCUGACGAAGAACUCCGGAGGCCUCGGCUUCAGUUUUCUGCAGAUGGAAAGAGAGGCUUGCGAACACCUCGGAGGAGAGAUUGUGAGGAUCAAAAGACUGUUUCCAGGGCAGCCAGCUGAAGAGAAUGGAGAGAUUGAAGUCGGAGACGUCAUUUUAGCUGUUAAUGAGAAACCUAUUCAAGGACUCUCGUAUCAGGAUGUCCUGCACUUGCUGAGAGGAGCUCCUCGACAAGUCACGCUUCUUCUCUGCAGGCCUCCGAAAGGUCUUCUUCCAGAAAUAGACCAGAGCGCACUGACCCCAGUGCCUUCUCCGGUUAAGGAGUUUGGGACCGUGACACCAGCUACCCCAGAGCCCAGCGGUGGUGUAGCUCAUGCUGCUAGCGAGAGGGACAGUACUUCUCCAGGACUGGAAGACCAUAUGGAUUCUGAAGCAGUGGCCUCUUGCGGUGACCCUCCUGAGGAGGAGAACUUGUCUCCUGAGGAGCAGGGCACGGAACCUUCCCAAGAGAAGCCACGUGACAGGCCUGGAGCCCACAGUGAGCACUCCUACAAGCACCUCUGGAAAUGGCGUCGGGAAGCCAUUGCCUCUGAGACGUUCCUGUCUCUGGAGGAAGAGGUGAUGCGGAACUGCUAUUCACCAUGUGAGAGCGGAAGCGCUGAAAGCCCUGCCUUUGAGAGGAGUGAUGAUGACCUCGCCAGCACCUAUUGCGUCCCUGACAUUCUCUCCCCCACCCCUAUCGAUAAGGAGUAUCUCACGCUCAGCUCCACGUCUCUGACCUCGCUCUCAUGUGGCGGGAGCUCAGACACAGCCUCCACCACUAUCGCCACCCCGCAGCCACGUGACCCUUUCUCGGCACCCUUCCCUGCUAGAGAACCGGGCAAUAGUGACAACGAGUGGGAAGACUUUGAGGAACUAGAGGGAGAGGAGAAGGAAGAGGAAUAUACCAGGGAAACGGAGGUGCUCGUCACUGUGACAAGAUCGGAGAACAAUUGUUAUGGAUUCACGGUGGUUCCUAACAAACUGGACAACUGCCUGUAUGUGGAGGAAAUCCUGGCUGAGCCUGCCCUGUCUGAUGGAAGACUGAGAAGAGGGGACAGACUCAUUAUGGUGAAUGGAGUUGAUGUCACAGCAUUCUCCUUUGAUGAAACCCUGGCGUUGCUGCACAGCUCUUCUCCCGAUUUGAGCCUGGUGGUUGGCCGGGUUAACGAGGACCCCCAUGCCUCUGUUAGACCAGAUGAGAUUCCUGAAAUCACCCUCACAAAAGGCGACAAUGGACAACUGGGCUUGAAGUUAACAGGAGGAGCCGGGAGCAAAUUGCAGGGUAUCUACGUGCUUGAGAUCGUGCCAGGCUCUCCCGCCAGUAUAGAAGGCAGCUUGCAGCCACGGGAUCAGAUUGUCUACAUCUGCGGGCUAUGGACGGAGGGCCUCAGCCUGGACGAUGCAGUGCGAGUGUCAAAGCACUCGGAGGAAGAAAGUGGUGGUGUUGAGCAAAGCACAUCUGACUCAGCAGAUUAUGAGGACUGCAUCAUUAAGAUUGAGCUGGAGAAAACUGCCAACAGGAGCCUGGGAUUUGCGCUGGUGAAUGGAGAUUUAGUGUCUGGUUUGACGCGCAAUACAGUGAUCGACCUCUUACGCAAGGCUCAAGGCACCGUUCAGCUCACUGUCUGCCGAAGCGCGGCAUUGCAUUGGGCUUAUUCAGGCAGCCAGUGUGAUACUUCUUCCCUCCAGAGCACAACAGCCCAGUCAGUGGGCUAUUCCCAGAGCUGGGAAUAG